AUGACUGUUCUUGACAAGGAGUAUCACAUGGCACUUAUCCUACCCAUGGAUCUUCCACCUGAUUUGGAGAAUCGUGGACGGGAUAAUGACCUUCGCUUCAAUCAAGUCAAGGCCCGACAUCACUCACUCUCAGUUUUUAUCUCUGUUGAAUCAAUCAUUCGUGGAGGUCUUCUUGCAACAGAUUAUGGAUCACAAUAUUCAGAUGAGUAUCUGGUGAUGGACAUGGAUUCAGAUAUGUGGUUGAGGAUGAAGUCAUUACCCCUUGCACGCAGAUGUCUUGGGAAAGUUUUUGCUCAUUUUUACUCGUUCUGGAUUCAGCAGAGCACACCUUCCCCAUUCGAUAUUUCUCGCCCUGACUUCACGUGGGAUAGCGAGGACCGGUACCUCGAUUCAACAACAAGAUUAGCUGGCCAAACUGCAGAGCUCUACAUGUGUGUUCCUCCUCAAUACCAUGACUGCAUGGUGAAGCAUGAGAAUUUCCGAAGUAUUUUCCAAGCGAGCGUCUCAUCAGGCCGCUCGAACACACUUCUGCGCACGCGUGGGAGCACAGGGGCAAUUUUUGGCCUUGACCAAAGCCUCUUCGACUACAAUCCCAAGUGUGACGAGAAGCGCAUGGAAGCUAAUCCUGAACUUGCGACACUUCUUGGCUUCAACCCCUGCGGGAAAACACCUACAGCACGCUACCCCUCAAAUGCACCAGUUCUCUAUACUAAUGGCAAUAUUCACGACAAAGAGGGCAUGUUCAGAAGUGAUUACUUGAUCUCCAUGGCACGUCUCAUCGCCUAUGGCCCACGAUCGUACACAUCGGAGAGAGCUGCAUUCAACAAAAACAGUCCCUUUCAUGGCCGUGUAGAUGGUGUUACCUUUGGAUUUAUUAGCAACACCGCAGUUGUCAUUCGUUUUCUUCUCGGAGGUGAUCCUGAGCUGAACAAGCAUGGCGUCGGAAAACUUACAGGAAUCAACUACGUGAGCGAGGCAGAAGCUUACAAAAAGCUUUUAAUUGAAAAUCAGGAUGCGCCAACCGUUCGAAAGCUCCUGCAAUACUGGAACAUGCAAGUUUUUCCACAAUUCCUCCUCGCUCCCGACUCACAGGACGAAGAAGAAGAAGCACCACGUGUCCGGGUUGACGCUGAUGAAAACCCAGGUCUCGAUUCCAUGUUCCGUGGACUGCGUAUGGGAGCCGACACUUCUUCAGCUCCCACUUCGAAAAAUUCUAGCUCACUCCCACUCCCCCAGACCCUUCCAACCGAUGUAGAGUGCGUGAACGCCCACUCAGAUGUGGAACGGGCGCCGGAUUUGCAUCCAAACGUGGAAGUGCACACCCCUGCUCCUGUCGCGCCCAUCUCCCAAUCAAUCAAUCCACCCCGUGGACGUCGUCGAGUCCCCACGCCAGUUCCCUCAACCUCCGAGGCUGUUGCUGAUGUGCCUGCGCCACCCGCUAAAGCUCCCCGUGGUCGACGCCCAAAACAGGUUUCGGUUGUUCAAGUUGAUGCUGAUUCAGGUGCCGGAAUACCUGCGGCGCUCGCUCGUCCAAGUCGGCAGACGCGUGGUGCAAAAUCGAAGGCAAAUGCGAAGUAG